AUGAGCCUUACAUAUGGAAUUGGUGGUGCUACCACAGCGUUGGCAGUGGUUGGGGCUUAUAUGCUCUUUACUGGCGAUGGAGAAGCUUUCAAUUUCGGACAAUUCCUCGAGGAGAUAUCGCCAUACGCGUGGGCAGACAUGGGUAUUGGCAUGUGUAUAGGAUUGUCAGUUGUUGGGGCAGCAUGGGGAAUUCUGAUUACCGGUUCUUCGAUUCUCGGUGGUGGUGUUAAAGCUCCUCGUAUUCGAACCAAGAAUCUUAUCUCCAUUAUUUUCUGCGAAGUAGUCGCCAUUUACGGCGUCAUCAUGUCCAUCGUCUUUUCAUCCAAGCUCGGUCUCAUGGAGAGCGAAAACCUUUAUUCUGCCAGCAACUACUACACUGGAUACGCCCUAUUUUGGUCUGGCAUAACAGUGGGAAUGUGCAACUUGAUAUGCGGUGUUUCAGUCGGCAUCAAUGGCAGUGGUGCUGCCCUGGCAGAUGCUGCUGACCCAAGCUUGUUUGUCAAGAUUUUGGUUAUCGAGAUCUUCAGUUCCGUACUAGGACUUUUUGGUCUCAUUAUCGGCUUGUUGGUUUCAUCAAAGGCACCGGACUUCGAGUAG